GAACCUCCUGUAAAACCAGAGCAUGGAGGGUUAAAGAGAGUUGAGUGUCAGUUUAGCUGUUGCUGUCUCACUUCCUGUAGGAUAGCUCCGCCCCCACAUGGCAGUUAGGGGAGAUGCCACAGAUCUGCUCCCUGGAGAACGGCUGCAUUGAUGGGAAGAGACCUUGUGUUGGAGACGACAGAUACAAUGUAGAUCCUUAUGAAAUGAUGGACACUCAGAAGGAUAAGAACAUGGAUUUAUUGUGUGAAGGAGUAACUUUGUUAAAGAAUGUGAGUGAAGUGGAUCCUUGUGUGCUCAGAACUAUCAAUAAAAGUGUAGUGUAUCAACAGAGCACACAAAUAAACUCCAGUGUAAAACCUGGUGGUGGAGACGACACAGUGAAACCUUUUGUCUGCACAAAGUGUGAGAGGCGGUUUUGCAGCAGAAGACAACUUCUCACUCACAAACGUAUCCACACCACUAGAGAUUUUGCCUGUUCUGUCUGUGGGAAAGGAUUCUCAGAGAGAAUGAUCCUCCUAGCGCAUCAGUGGCUUCACAAUGGGGAGAAACCAUUCACCUGCACUCAGUGUAACAGAAGUUUUCUGUGGAAGAGAGACCUUUAUAAGCAUCAAGAUGUCCACCAGAAAGAGAGACCGCAUGUCUGCACUACGUGUGGAAAAAGAUUUAAGAUCAAAAUGACUCUGAUCCAGCACAUGAGAAUCCACACUAAGGAGAAACCUUUUGCCUGUUCAGAGUGUGGCCAGUAUUUCCGCUACAAGUCAAACCUUCACACACAUCAACAGAUCCACACCGGGGUCAAACCGCAUUCCUGUGCCGAAUGUGGGAAAAGCUUCACCCAGAAGGGAAAUUUUCUUGGACAUUGUCGUAUUCACACAGGAGAGAAACGCUUUGGCUGUUCCGAGUGCGGAAAAAGGUUCCAGUUCAGGCACCACCUCCUAGAGCACCAGUAUAUCCACACGGGAGAGAAACCAUUUGCCUGUUCAGAGUGUGACAAGUCCUUCAGAACGAAAGCAAACCUUCGCAGUCACCACCGCAUCCACACCGGAGAGAAACCGUUCGAGUGCCGAGAGUGUGGCAAAUGUUUCCGGAUAAAGACUAAUCUUGAGUCACAUCGACUAACCCACACCGGGAUUAAAUCAUUUGAAUGCUCUGAGUGUGGGCGGCAGUUCAGUCGCAAGUACAGACUAAUUCAGCACCAGUUAAUUCACACCGGGGAGAAGCCGUUUGAAUGUGCCACGUGCAGAAGGCGGUUUAGCCGUAAAUUUACCCUUAAUAAACACCAGUUGGUUCACACUGGGGAGAAACCCUAUGUCUGUACUGAGUGUGGAAUGGGCUACAAGGAUAAAAGGAGUCUGGUUGCUCAUGUUCGGACUCACACAGGAGAAGCAGGUAUUCCUUGUACCGAAUGUUCAAAGACUUUUCGAUCAGAGAAAAACCUUAAUGUCCACAAGCUGACGCACACUGGGCUCAAGCCUUUUGCCUGUAAAGAGUGUGGGAAAUCCUUCUUACGGAAGUUGCACUUCGAGAGUCACAUGCUAAACCAUGGAGGGGUAAAGCCCUUUGAAUGUACCGAGUGUGGGAAACAGUUCACCCGCAAGCAGGCUCUCCACAAUCACCAGUUAAAUCACACCGGCCAGAAGCCCUUUGUCUGUACGGAGUGUGGGCUGAGAUACAAGAGCAAGACAAGUCUUCAGAAUCACCUUCUCUGUCACACAGGGGAGAAACCAUUUGCGUGCACUGAGUGCGGAAGGAGAUUCCUGCUGGAGAGAACCCUGAAUAAUCACAAGCUGACACACACUGGGGAACAACGCUUUGCCUGUGGAGAAUGUGGGCGAAGAUUCUGUCGUAAAGAUGCCCUCAAAAAGCACCAAUUAAUCCACACGGGGGAGAAACCCUAUGUCUGCUCUGAGUGUGGGAAAAACUUUAAGGCCCGGAGCAGCCUCAAUACUCAUCUUCGGCUGCACACAGGAGAGAACCCCUAUAAAUGUAAUGAGUGUGGCAAAUCCUUUGCUUCUGAAAUGACACUCCGUAUUCACAACCUGACUCACACAGGGGAGAAACCCUUUGCCUGCGAGGAGUGCGGAAAAUGCUUCUCACAGAAGGGAAACCUGAACACUCACAAGCGCAUUCACACCGGGGAGAAGUUUCCUUGUCAAGAGUGUGGCAAAUGCUUCUCCCGGAAAGAUUCUCUCCUUAUUCAUCAGCGACUUCACACUGGGGAGAAACCAUUUCAAUGUCAGGAGUGUGAAGAAUCAUUUUCCCGAAGGGACCUCUUUCUGGCUCACAAGAAGUCCCACAGCAGGGAAAAGCCUUUUCAAUGUAAGUUGUGUGGGAAAACCUUUGAGAAUCAGAGUUACCUAAAGAGGCACGAGAAACGUCUUCAUUCAGCCGAAUCCCCAAACCCUUUCGUGAAAGAUUUGGUUGAAUACCAAACCGAAUCCUAAUUUGCAUAUGCAAAU